AUUGUAAUCGGCGAACUAAAUAAUUUCAAUAACGCUUCGCUAACAGGAAGUGCUCUCAACCUUGCGGUCACAGGUCGUGCACAAUGUACCCAAUCACAGUGCAAAGCUCUUCCUUCUCAGCGUCCUGUUUGGGCGCUGGACGACGAACGAAAUCGAAGCAUAAACGUACGUGACGUCAAGGACGAUCCCGACUUGAGUCAAGUCCAUGUGUACGUCUACAAGCUGAAAACGCUUUUGAACCCAGAAUCACUAAACCAAUGCGGCCAUCAUAGAGACACUUCACCGGGAUACAAAUUCCUGGCUGUGGAAACCUCACUUUACUACAGCUGAUGUCGACAUCCUCGGUUACUCCCCCAAAUUACCACGGUCAUCCCAAAUACCCACGCGGUCCAUGUUGAUCCGAAGUUGUGGGGUGACCCUGAAAACGUCAUGCCCGAGAGGUUCGUCGCGUCGACAAAAACAAGGCCGCGUGAGCAAACCAGAAUACCUCAUACCAUUUUCAGUCAUGUUUAUUUCCUAUCCUUACUACUUUCCGUCCUUAGUUUGGUCCCUCCUCUCCCCAAACCAGUUCUUUUGUGGUGUAUCCAUGUUCAGACCAUACCAGACCAGACAAUGCCAGACCACCCCACACCAGCCCCGGCCAAGCUUCCUCUCGAGUCCCCACCACCAACUCUAAACCAAAAGCGAGAGCCCACUGCAACAAAUUUUGUUCAAAACACAAGUUUGUAGAAUUACCUAUAAUCUUUUGAAAUGUUUCCAGUGGAUGUUUUGGAUAUGAAAAAGUAUGGUCGUAAAAUGAGUCUGCCAUUUGCAGUGGAUAAUCGGUGGUAUAUGCACUCAACUUAUUUCGUGUAUGAACUUCCAGCCCUCCUAUCUUGUAAUACAUGUACGUGUUCUGAUACAUGUACGAGUUCAUGAUAUUGUUAUACAGUGAAACCACACGGGAGGGUGCGACUCUAUUCCCUCUUUUGGUUCAAGCUGAAGCAUUGAAGUAGCGACUUCACAUGUAGAAGCCAUGGAAUAAGAAAAAUGUCAGAGUUGGAGCUUGAGUUUUAUUCUCUGUUUUUACCCUGAACAGAACGCAGAUGGUGUAUCGGCGAGCACUAGGCCCAGAAACAGUUUUCCCUGUUUUACAUUACACUAUUGCGGAAAUUCAGGUUCAAGCUCCCAGAUGGUGAACCGUAACCCAACUUGGAAUCAAAAUUUCUCUUAGGUGUACCCAGAAGACUACGUCAUCAUAGUAGAGUCAAGAGAAUAGAGCAUGAAAGUUGACCCCUGGUGGCGGGUAUCAGGAAUCCUUGGAUCGGAAAAAUAACGUGCAGCAAUUUUAUCAUGUGUAUUUUUGCCCGUCCGGUUGCUUCUUUAAAAAUCACCUCCAAAACAGACCUUCGAAAAAAAAUUGUUAGGAUAUUGAUUUAUAGAAACUAAAAAAUACUUGACCUGAAAGAGGAAUAACCUGCCAAAUUUGACCCUCCCGAAAAUCAAAAAUACUUGAAGACCACUGCAAUUCUGUGGUCUCUUACAAUUACACAUAUGAACACUUAUGAAAUUAUAUUAAAUGGUAGUCUUUCGCAAAAACCUAAAAUAAAAACGUUAAAAUAUUUUAGGUAUUUUACAAUUUGUAAGAAAAUAAACUUAAGGAUAAUCUAGUCUGCGUUAACGAAAGAUUACAAAGUUUAAUCUAACGGUUGCCGACAAGGACGGCGUCACGUUAACUUGACUGCAUCUAGGUCCGUAUAGGCAAAUCUUUGCAUCGUUGUACAAUCUUAUUUUUGGUGUAAAGCCAACAGAAUGAAUGGUCUUGUUAGAAGAUUGGUUGACAGUAGAGAUCUAAAGUGGUAAAAUUGUACUGUUCCUCAGUCAGACCAGUAAUGCAGCAUGCUGCCCUGGUCUGGUGCCCCGACUCUGUCUCAGGUGAGAACUCCCUAGAGAGAGCACAUUUGAAGGUUUUAAUACUCGAUGCUGCCUGGGCCUUCCACGUACGUAGACAUACAUGCUCUUUCACAACAGAGACAAGUGGUGCACUAGGCUGAGUCUGCCUUAUACAUGUACAAUGAUUCGAUUCGUUUCUCUUGAUAGGCCUAUGCUGUCACAUACUAAUACUUUUCACCAAUCAAUGUUUGUCCGAUUUUCUCGCAUUUGGGACUCUUUGAAUCUUGAGACUCGCAUAUGCAGUAGUACUUGUUCGGCCUAACCGCAUUUCUGAGCAAUUUAAGAAAACAAUAUUUGUAAUGGCUUAUUAUCUCACACCCUCAUCUUAUCCUUUUUACUCUCAUUUAUUUUUAUCUAUUCUUAUAAUAAUGCAAAUAUCUAUUUUAUUUGUUAUUUUGUGCUAAUAUUUAAUAAUACAUGUAGUGUAUUUUAUAUAGGCUUUGCACAUGUAUAAAUUGCAUACUUUAAUGUAACUACCCUAGUGCAUGUAUGUCAUUAUAUGUGUUUGCUUUUAUUAAUAGCCCAAGUCCUAGUGUUUAUAAUUAUGCUUGUUCACGCUCUUUUCUUUUAAAAUUCUUUUAAGUAAGUUAAUUUAUAUCACUGUCUUUGUCCUCCACUUUUUAUGUAGCCUAUCUCUAUCAUUUUAGGAGAGCUACUAGACUAGUGAUUUGGUUCGCUUUUUGGUAAUCUCUCUGGGGUGUCGUCAGUUUAUUAUACAUAUACAUAUAUUAUAUCAAUAUUUAUUAUUACUCUUAUUAUUAUACAUAUAUUAUAUAGGUCAUAUUUUUGUUCUUCAUUAAUUUGUGUUGAGCAGGCCUACACGUAAUGAUUGUAAGGCGCUUGCUAUGACACGCAAUUUGACCUACGCCUUCAGAAGGGAACGGACUGCUCGGAAUACGGUGCUACCGAGGUUGUGGGGCACUCCCUUUCUCUUCACCGAAAUCGCAAGUUUUGGUUGUACGUGUGUACUUGAUCAGGUAUGUUUUGCCGAAGAUAAGGAGUCCUGAUGCGAACAUGAUAAGUUUUUGGCUCGCCAGUUUGUGCCACAGUAGAGUGACAGUUAGUUAAUCACAUAGCCGUGGUAGACUAAAAAAACGUAAUGACGUCACAUUUUGCUAACAGGUGCACUUUCCUGCGGGGACUCGAUGGAUUGCGUCUGGCCCACCUCACUGCCUUAGGAUAGAGUACAUGUAAACAAGGGUGACGUCAUGUGUUCCUUCCUCCAUGAUUAAUGGUGUUAGUUUUACAUGAACAUGUACUGCAGUUCAUGUUCCAAUGUGCCACAUUUGCCCUAGUCUACUCGCGGCAUCGUUACACUGGAAAUUUCAUGUUAAUAAUUGGUAUUAAAAAUGUAAGCGAUUGCACUGGCUGGCGUGCAUUCGGUUGGAUUCCUAUGAAUGGUUUGCGUACCAUUUUGUAUGGGAUACGUGAUACGUGAACAGAGAAAACUGAUCUUCAAAAUAAGCUUUCCGUGUGACCUGUUUUUGUUUACAAUUACACUGAACGUUUUCGGCAUUGUUUAAACUGACACUUCAAAGUUGGUUGUGGCAACGGUUAUAGGUCGUUAAGCGUUACACAGAAAUCAUACAACGCCAGGUUGUAGUGCUAUGACUUAGUAGCUCACAUUGUAAUUGGCACCCUGUAAUAACAUUAUUUUCAAAUAUGAAAACUGGAUCAACGAUAACAUUCAUGGUAAAAGUGAGUAUGGAACAAACGCUUUGUGAGUAACGGAGUUGAUGUGCCUAGCAGUAUGAUUAUUAUAUUUGUGUCCUCUUGCGACUAGCACAACACUCUCGUUUCAAUUGAUAAGUAUGUUAUCCUUGGACAAACACUGAGGAAAUAAAAAAAAAUGCACUCUCGUCAAAUGCUAAGAACAAGACGCCAUUUUUUUUAUAUCCGUAUGACAGCACGGACGGCUGUUAGGCCGGCAGCGCGGAGGGCACAAUAGUCUAUUCAUUUCACUGAGAAUAGCAAUUCACUUGAAGUCUUUUCACGCAUCUGGUCUACACAAUGGGCUGGAUUUAGCCCAUUCAUCAGCGCUUAUUCCACGCUACAUGUAGCGGCAAUUGCCAAGCUUCGUCAUCAGUCUACAACAAAAACUGAAUUGCUGCCACUGUCUACAACGAAACUGGCUGGCGAGUGAGAGCUCGCAUUGUGUACCCGUAAACCAAGAAAUUAUGACUCGCUCAUAAUUAUUGUGCUCGUAGUGCAUUUCCUGGGUGAGGGAAUAAGGGUCUACUCCUUGGAUUGUUGUUCUGCAUGCAUUCCCUUCUUCCUGUUGUCUUCUUGGCCCACCACGGCUGAGGAAUAUUCACCACGUUCCCGUCUUUAUGCGUCGUCUUGGACUUCAGAUCGUUACGUGAACAAGUACACACAGAUGAUGUAUUCAAAGUGGGUCUUUGUGCUCCACGCACGAAUUGAGGAGUAUAGCUAAAUGCGCUAAGGGUUAACUGGUGGGGCCGCGCGUCGUCGUUGACAAAGACGCUUGCAGAUGUCAGAAACAUCGGCAAGAUAGAACUUCGAUGAAACUGGAUGCCAUGGAGAUCACGAAUAGGGAAGGACGAACAGAUAUAUUUGGUAUCAAUCCUCCUCGGAUGCCCCUUGGCUACAUUGUGGAGACUUACCCAGCUCCUCAGCCCGUCGGAUUCCCCACUGCCAUGCCGGGUCCCGUCCUGGAGAACAACACUUUCAUCCCGGGAGAAAACCUCCCGAGUACCGUUGGAGUCAAGCGGCCAGCGCUGGAGGGAAUUUCGCCGAUUGAUUUAAGCACUCCGGCGGCCAGCACGGCUCAUUCUCUUGACGGUGACAGCCCGUCGCACGACCGAGAUCAUCACUCCAAUCCCGUCGACUCUGCGGAGGCUGGCCAACUGCAGGACAGUGUCAUAAUGCAGUGCGAAGAAAUCCCUGACGACGAGAAUGAAUCGGUCCUGGACAACACCAGCCCGUUUCAAGAGAGCGUGGAGGUCCUGUCGGACUCCUCCUUCGAAUCGGAAGGCGUGUCUGCAUCGGAAAGCUACCGCGAUGAAGAGAAGACAGCAGGGGAAGGCGCCGCCGUGGCUGCCCAGGAUGAGACGUUGGUGCCUUACAGCGAGGUCUUCACCCAACGGUCUAUCGCCUACGUCAUCGGCGGGUACGCCUACACCAAGAACCGGCAGCAACUCGGCAAGACGUACCUCCGGUGCCGCCAGCGAGGAUGCAGCGCCCGCGCAAUGAUCAUGAACAACGUCCAACAGGCCACAGUCUUCAACAACAUCCACAAUCACCCUCCUCCGGACAUCUCCAAGAAGGCGAGGAGGAGGGUGUACUCCGUACCGCCUCCUUAUGACACACUGAGCGACGGCAGAGGGAGGGCAGGCAGUGUAUCUUCGCCUCAAUUGCUACCAGUGGAGAGAGAGCUUCCCAGCGGUAUCGUGUGGCAAUCUCCACUUGGGGCAGUGGUGCCUUCUGGACUUCAAUAUCAGAGAUCCAUGGAUGAUGGUGUGUCAACCGUACCAAGAAUAGUGUACGUCCAUUCUCUGCAGUCAAGUAAGAUGGCAUCGACAGCAAAGGCAAGAUUGCCAGAAUUUCUGGAGAAGAUGGAGAGGGAGUUGGACAGGGUGAUGGAGUUUUGGUUGAAGCAUUCCCAUGACAAUUUAAAUGGUGGCUUUUUCGUGUGCCUCGGUCGAGAUGGUAGACGGUACGACGACCUGAAAUACUGCUGGCUGCAGGGGAGGCAGGUCUGGAUGUAUAGUAAGUUGUAUAACACUGUUGCCAAAUAUCACACUCCAGAAGUGCUCGAAGCAGCAAAGAAAGGAGGUCUGUUUUUGAUGAAUUACGUGAAGAAUCCGGCGACCGGGAAAUGCUACUUUGCCGUGACCAAAGACGGCAAAGCUGUCAAGAUACAGCGGACAAUAUUCAGCGAGUGCUUCUACAUGCUGGCCAUGUCGGAACUGGCAAGGGCAACAAAGGACGAUAUGUAUAAGCAAGAGGCGAUCAAAAUGCUGGACCAGCUCCAGCACUGGGUCUGUGUUGACGACACGGGCUUAGGGCGCCCUCAACUGCUCGGCGCACCACGGGUAAACUCGCUGUCCAGGGGCAUGAUUUUCCUCAAUCUACUGGACGAGUUGACGGCCGGUGAUCCAGCGCUCCAAGAGAAGUAUGCCUCACUGGAAAAAUGGAGCAUCGAACAGUCACUCCAACACAUGCAGAGAGACGGGACGGUGAUUCUAGAAACUGUCAGCACUGAUGGCAAAGAACUGCCGGGCUCGGCAGGCAGGCUGAUGAACCCAGGUCACGCCAUCGAGACGGGCUGGUUCCUCCUCCAGUGCAGCAUGAAGCACGACCUGCCCGAGCUGAGGAGGCUGGCCGCCGACAACUUCAUCGCCAAGCCCUUCCAGACGGGCUGGGACCUGGAGCACGGUGGCCUCUACUCCUUCCUGGAUGCGGACGGGCUGUCGCCCACCCAGCUGGAGUGGAACAUGAAGUUGUGGUGGCCCCACUGCGAGGCCCUCAUCGCCUCCCUGAUGGCCUACCAGCAGACCAAGGAAGAGCGGUUCCUAGAAAUGUUUGAGAAAGUCUUUGACUACACCUUCUCCCGGUUCGUUGAUGUGGAGCAUGGAGAGUGGUUUGGGUAUCUCAAUCAAGAAGGGAAGGUUACGCACGACUUUAAAGGUGGACCCUUCAAAGGUUGCUUCCAUGUUCCCCGCUGCCUUUUCAUGUGCACCCAAAUGCUGCGCAAGCUGCUCAAGGGAGAAUGAUGACGAAGCCGCAGUCGUGGGAGGAACUGGCCAGUGUUGUGGUGGCAAAAUUUCACAAAUUUAGAAGUGUCUAGAUCAUGAUUGAUUGACGAAGAGCAUGUGAAGAAUCUGGAAUCUGACCACAAAAACUCUGAUCAAAGAAGACUGUGAAAGCUGAUGAACUUUGUUUUAUCAGGUGACACUGCAAUAUUAUAUUUACCGGUCAUAAACCCUAUUACUAAAGUGGAACUUGCCAGUGUUUUAUGGCCAUCCAGUAUUCUUUGACUUGUCUCUUGGGCCAACUAUUUGCCUUACUCCGUUGGCAAUUUUAUAUCUACGUAUAUCUUUUUAGUGCUGGUAUUGCACAGUAUGGCUACUUUUUUGUCAGUUUUUAACUUUUGUAUUUCAAGGGUGUUCAUUGAUUUGACGGUGAUGUCUGACCACUUUGAAAUUUUACCUUUGAAAUUAGUUCAUCUUUAUUAGUGUAGUAUGGUUUGGUUUUCAUUGCUGAGAACACAAUUUCGCCUACAGAACCUGAACCAGUGGCUGUUAUAAGGACUAGGCGGUCAAAGAUAUGGCAUGGCGAAAAGCACUUUGUUCUCAAGUAAUGCAAGAACUUGCAUUUCCCGAAAGCAUGUGCUUGGUUAGGCUGUCAAAAUGAGAAGUUGGCACUGUUGGCUCUCUGCGUGAAACCAGCAAAGGUCCUUUCUGCAGGAAACGGUGCAGUGUUCGCUUCACCCUGAAGCCGGGCUUAUAUCGUAGGUAAAUGAUGCAGUCAGAUCAUCAGAGAUGCUUUGCUCAGGAAUUGUCGUUCACAAGCUCUCGUUUCUGCAUGAUUUUCACUUGGUUCUCAUUGUUAAAAAGAGCCCGCCUGUGAACAUGGACUACACUCCAAAUUGGACUGCGUUUUGUUUAAGGUCAUUGUGAUUCUUGGGAAUGAAUGAUUCCAGUUAAUUGGCCUAAAUAUUCCACCUGAUUUCAGGAUAUGUCAUUACAGAAAUGAAAUAGUUUUUCAGCCAGUACUUUUUGUAAAUAAGAAGUCUAUAACGUGAAAUGCUGAUCAAACACUGAUGCCUUCCAUGGAAGACCAAAAUGUACACGUCGUGUCAUGAAAAGAUGUGUGUUUUGCACCUUUUCAGCUUGGCAACUUUCCAAAUGUCUGCCUUGAUGACCCUAUCGAAAUCACGACAGUAUGCCAUAAUGUCAAGUUGAGGGUGGCGUAAUGACACCUUCUUGAAUGGAGAGAACUGCAUUGCCCUUUUUUCCUUGUGGAACAUGGAAUGCAUGGCAGUUGCUCUCAAAAUUGGCAAAAAAGGUAUGUAUGGUUUGUCUUUCCCACCCACAUUUCACGACAAAUUGCUCCAUAAUUGAUGGUAUGGCUUCUAUACCUGAAACAUGAAAGCAGUUAUGGUCUCCAUGGCCAUUGUUUAAACUGUAGGCUUAUACCAACAUGAUUGUGGAUAACCGAAAGGCUGCUCAUGUUUUUCUUCAAUACAUUGUGGUAACGGAUCAUUUUGAUAAUUUGUGGUAUUUUCCAACUGGUAUCACUGUGGUCAGAUUAAUUUUUUAGGCCACAGUAUUUGUGGAUAUGGUUCCCAUCAGAUCAUUUGAUGGAAUAAACUUGAUAAAUGAGAAAGAGGUUUUGGUAUAAAUGCCCAAGUAAUGAGUUGAGCGCCCGGUUGUAAGUAACCCAAUAAACUUCAAGGAGAAAAAUA